AUGGCGGUGUCGCAGCACAUGCUAGGGGUAUUUUAUGUGAAAAGUACCCCGAGAAGUCUGCGGAAUGGAUUCUCAGGGACAGAGCUUUCUCACAAAUCCUCUACCUCCUCUGCCAAGGCGGGCACACAGAAAUCCUCCUCUUAUAAAUCCUCUACCAAGGUGGGCACACAGAAAUCCUCCUCUCAUAAAUUCUCUACCAAGAAGGGAACACAGAAUUUCUCCUCUCACAAAUCCUCUAUCUCCUCUGCCAAGCCUGCAGCUCAGUAUAACCGCGACAGCUUCGGUCGCAGCUUUCUGCCGCACGUUGGAUCCAUCACUGCCGCACGGCUUUACCAACACUGGUCGGCUGAUGCUCUGGUACUCCGAAACGUCAGGCUGGAGACAUCAUGUCUGGUUUUAACACACUCAGCCGUAAUACAGAAGAUAUCAUGUCUACAACAAAAUGGCUUCAUCUGCCAGACAGAGAGGCAGAGCUGUAACAUGGAGCCAACCCACCAGUUCAUGACUUCUAGAGGAGAGGAGCAUGUGAAGAGCAAUAAGAAGAACAUAAGAAAAACAAAGAGAUCAGUGGAAUCAGAUUCAGAUAUUCCUGAUCUCCUGAACAUGGCACAGCAGCUUGCUAAUACCCCAACAAUAGGAGGAAACAACCUAACAGUAUGUAGUACACAUUAUUACCACAUUGAGUUGUUUGUUCUAGUGCAACAAACAGAAGUCUAG